GCGCGCGGAGCGCGCUUAGCGCGUGCAUACGCGGCGGCGGUUGGCAGCGCGCGGACUGUGUGAAGUGAAGCGAGGCGACUCCGGACUCACGGACCGACAGACCGAGCGGCCCUUACGGCCGUCCGCAGCCAGGCGGCCCGAGAUGUUGUCUGGGAAGAAGGCAGCAGCCGCGGCGGCGGCGGCGGCGGCGGCGGCGGCGGCCGGGUCGGAGGCCGGUGCCGGGGCAGCGGGCGGCUCGGAGAACGGCUCUGAGGUGGCCGCGCCGCCCGCGGGCCUGUCCGGCCCUGCCGAAGCCGGGCCGGGGGCGGCCGGGGAGCGCACUCCCCGCAAGAAGGAGCCCCCGCGGGCCUCGCCCCCCGGGGGCCUGACUGAGCCGCCGGGGUCCGCCGGGCCUCAAGCUGGGCCUACCGUCGUGCCUGGGUCUGCGACCCCCAUGGAAACGGGAAUCGCAGAGACUCCGGAGGGGCGACGGACCAGUCGGCGCAAGCGAGCGAAGGUAGAGUACAGAGAGAUGGAUGAAAGUUUGGCCAACCUCUCAGAAGACGAGUAUUAUUCAGAAGAAGAGAGAAAUGCUAAAGCAGAGAAGGAAAAGAAGCUUCCCCCACCACCCCCUCAAGCCCCACCUGAGGAAGAAAAUGAAAGUGAGCCUGAGGAACCAUCUGGGCAAGCAGGAGGACUUCAAGACGACAGUUCUGGAGGGUAUGGAGACGGCCAAGCAUCAGGUGUGGAGGGUGCAGCUUUCCAGAGUAGACUUCCUCAUGACCGGAUGACUUCUCAAGAAGCAGCCUGUUUUCCAGAUAUCAUCAGUGGACCACAGCAGACCCAGAAGGUUUUUCUGUUCAUUAGAAACCGCACAUUGCAGUUGUGGUUGGAUAAUCCAAAGAUUCAGCUGACCUUUGAGGCUACUCUCCAACAAUUAGAAGCGCCUUACAACAGUGAUACUGUGCUUGUCCACCGAGUUCACAGUUAUUUAGAGCGUCAUGGUCUUAUCAACUUCGGCAUCUAUAAGAGGAUAAAGCCCCUCCCAACUAAAAAGACGGGAAAGGUAAUCAUUAUAGGCUCUGGGGUCUCGGGCUUGGCAGCAGCUCGUCAGUUACAAAGUUUUGGAAUGGAUGUCACACUUCUGGAAGCCAGGGAUCGUGUGGGUGGACGAGUUGCUACAUUUCGCAAAGGAAACUAUGUAGCUGAUCUUGGAGCCAUGGUAGUAACAGGUCUUGGAGGGAAUCCCAUGGCUGUGGUUAGCAAGCAAGUAAAUAUGGAACUGGCCAAGAUCAAGCAAAAAUGCCCACUUUAUGAAGCUAAUGGACAAGCUGUUCCUAAAGAGAAAGAUGAAAUGGUAGAGCAAGAGUUUAACCGGUUGCUAGAAGCUACAUCUUACCUGAGUCAUCAACUAGACUUCAAUGUCCUCAAUAAUAAGCCUGUGUCCCUUGGCCAGGCAUUGGAAGUUGUCAUUCAGUUACAAGAAAAGCAUGUCAAAGAUGAGCAGAUUGAACAUUGGAAGAAGAUAGUGAAAACUCAGGAGGAACUGAAAGAACUUCUUAAUAAGAUGGUAAAUUUAAAAGAGAAAAUUAAAGAACUCCAUCAGCAAUACAAAGAAGCAUCUGAAGUCAAGCCACCCAGAGAUAUCACUGCUGAGUUCUUAGUGAAAAGCAAACACAGGGAUCUAACUGCCUUAUGCAAGGAAUAUGAUGAAUUAGCUGAAACACAAGGAAAGCUAGAAGAAAAACUUCAAGAAUUAGAAGCCAAUCCCCCAAGUGAUGUGUAUCUCUCGUCAAGAGACAGACAAAUACUUGACUGGCAUUUUGCAAAUCUUGAAUUUGCUAAUGCCACACCUCUCUCUACACUUUCCCUUAAACAUUGGGAUCAGGAUGAUGACUUUGAGUUCACUGGCAGCCACCUGACAGUGAGGAAUGGCUACUCAUGUGUGCCUGUGGCUUUAGCAGAAGGCCUGGACAUUAAACUGAAUACAGCAGUUCGGCAGGUUCGCUACACAGCUUCAGGAUGUGAAGUGAUAGCGGUGAAUACCCGCUCCACGAGCCAGACGUUUAUUUAUAAGUGUGAUGCAGUCCUCUGUACCCUUCCCUUGGGUGUGUUGAAGCAGCAGCCACCAGCUGUUCAGUUUGUGCCGCCUCUUCCUGAGUGGAAAACAUCUGCAGUCCAAAGGAUGGGAUUUGGCAACCUUAACAAGGUCGUGUUGUGUUUUGACCGGGUAUUCUGGGAUCCAAGUGUCAAUUUGUUCGGACAUGUUGGCAGUACGACUGCCAGCAGGGGUGAGCUGUUCCUCUUCUGGAACCUCUAUAAAGCUCCAAUACUAUUGGCACUAGUGGCAGGAGAAGCUGCUGGCAUCAUGGAAAACAUAAGUGAUGAUGUGAUUGUUGGCCGAUGCCUGGCCAUUCUCAAAGGGAUUUUUGGUAGCAGUGCAGUGCCCCAGCCCAAGGAAACUGUGGUGUCUCGCUGGCGUGCUGAUCCCUGGGCCCGGGGCUCCUAUUCCUAUGUAGCCGCAGGAUCAUCUGGAAAUGACUAUGACUUAAUGGCUCAGCCAAUCACUCCUGGCCCCUCAAUUCCAGGUGCCCCACAGCCUAUUCCACGACUCUUCUUUGCUGGAGAACAUACAAUCCGUAACUACCCAGCCACGGUCCAUGGUGCUCUGCUGAGUGGGCUGAGAGAAGCAGGAAGGAUUGCAGACCAGUUCUUGGGGGCCAUGUAUACCCUGCCUCGCCAGGCCACACCAGGCGUCCCUGCACAGCAGUCCCCGAGCAUGUGAGAUGGAUGUGUUCUAAGGGAAGAGGCCGAUGUGUUUGUGUCUUUUGCUGCAUAAGCAAAGCUCUUCUAGCAAUAUUAGAUUCCACUGAGAAACUCACCUGGCAUCUGGGCUCCAGAUCAACUGCUAGAGCUCCUGGUGGUCAGGUGGCCAAGGAGGUUGCCUCCUUUAAGUGACUUAGAGCUAGGGAGGCACUUGUCCAUUAGUGUGGGAGUCUGUUCUUCAUUAGGACUGAGGCAAGCAAGUGCUGCGAGAGAACAUCUUAGUCUCUGUGUGUGUGGUGGUUUUUUAUAUUUUGAGAAUAAAACUUCAUAGAAAAUUA